AUGCCAGCAGACGCCCCGCUGUCCGAGCUGCCCAUCAUUGCAGCUCUCCAAGACGACGACUCGAUGCUGACUCGCCGCUUCGGAAAGGAGGUUGUCAACUACUAUGCCGGUGGCCGCAUCAACCGCUAUUCAUUCCUCCGCGCUGAUGCUGCGUUCCUGCGGAAGGCUGCCGUGAGCCCCACCGCCCGGUACUUGGCCCUCAACGACCUGAACCCUCUUGUCGUGGACAAGAAGAAGCUUGCCUAUCUCACAUUUGACGAGGUUCAGUCGCUAGUCGGCCCAGAUCCGUUUGGUCUCACUGAGGAUGAGGCGAUUCAAGCGUUCGACUCCGCUCAGACGAAGCCUCUUAUCGUAUUCCUCGGCAUGCUAGAAGGAGAUAAUGAGACUGAUCAUAUCGCCUCCGGAGAUCACGGUGAUAUCAAGGGCCACCCUUACUUUGCCGUUGACAUCACCCCCAAGGGAACCCAUGCCGAAAAGGCGACGAGCUUCUUGGCGGACCAGGAGGGCAAGGGUCUCUCGCUUGACAAGAACCCCCGUGCCAUGUCCCACAACCCCGACGCUGCCGCCCUGUACGCCCAGGCAAGGUCUAUUGUGGACUGGAACGCCCGCAACCCCUUCUGCGCUGGCUGUGGACAGCCAAACCUCUCUGUUCAUGCUGGUUACAAGCGAGUGUGCCCCUCAACGGACCGCAAGGGUGGUGCCAGCGGCGAGCCUCGAGGUGACUGUCCCACACGCCACGGCGUCUCCAACGUUUGCUUCCCCAGAACUGAUCCCACCAUGAUCGCUGCCGUCGUCUCCGCAGACGGUAAAAGACUCUUGCUUGGACGUCAGAAGCGUUGGCCCCCUUACUGGUAUAGCACGCUUGCCGGUUUCCUCGAGCCUGGCGAAUCUAUCGAGGAGUCUGUGCGAAGAGAGGUUUGGGAGGAGAGUGGUGUUCGUGUUGGACGGGUUGUCAUUCACUCGAGUCAGCCGUGGCCGUACCCCGCGAGUCUUAUGAUUGGUGCUAUUGCCCAGGCGCUCCCCGGAGAGGGUGAGAAGAUCACCCUGAAUGACAAGGAACUGGAGGUGGCAAAGUGGUUUGAGAUUGAGGAGGUCCGCAGAGCGCUUGAGACGGGGACGAGUCCCUUGGGAGAGGCUGCCCCUGAGGGAUACAAGGAGGGAGAUCUUAGACUGCCACCUAUCCAGGCUAUUGCCAACCGGUUGAUUACUGCUGUUGUUGAAGGUUAUUUGAGCGCGACUCCCAAGAUCUAG